GUUUGUCAGGAAGUAGGCUCGGGCGUGAAGUGUUUACAUGUACUAGUUAAGUUCUUGUGACUUCUAACUACUAGUUAAGUUCUUGCAACCUUGUCAACAUGAGUGGCCCCGAAAUCCAUUUUGAUUCCAAAGAGCACCAGCACCUGCGUUACAACCCUCUGAAGGACUGCUGGGUUCUGGUCUCAGCCCACCGCAUGAGGAGACCCUGGGCUGGUCAGCUGGAAAAACCUCCUGAAGAACACGUACCCAGAUAUGAUCCCCGCAAUCCACUCUGUCCUGGAAACACACGUGCUAAUGGGAAGGUGAAUCCAGACUAUGAAAGCACUUUUGUAUUUGAAAAUGACUUCCCUGCCCUCCAGCCAGAUGCUCCAGAUCCUGGUGGUUCAGACCAACAUCCAUUGUUCCAGUCUAAAGCUGCCAGAGGAGUGUGUAAGGUCAUAUGUUUCCAUCCCUGGUCUGAUGUCACACUCCCUCUCAUGAAGAAAGAAGAGGUUGUCAAGGUGAUUGACAAGUGGGCUGAGCUUGUGGAAGAACUAGGUGCCACCUACCCCUGGGUUCAGAUAUUUGAAAAUAAAGGAGCCAUGAUGGGUUGUUCCAAUCCACACCCUCAUUGUCAGGUGUGGGCCAGCAACUUCCUACCAAAUGAGCCAGCUCUGUCAGAUCGCUGUCAGAGAGCGUUUUAUGAAAAACACAAAGAGCCGCUGCUGCUGCAAUACGCCAAGCAAGAAAUUGAGAAAAAGGAGCGGUUGGUGGUGAUGAAUGCCGACUGGCUGGCUGUGGUGCCGUAUUGGGCGACGUGGCCCUACCAGUUGCUGCUCUUACCUCGACGACACGUCCUCAGAAUAAAUGAACUCACCACAGAGGAGAGGGGAAGUCUGGCUGACAUCAUGAAGCAGCUGCUGACCAAGUACGACAAUCUCUUCGAAGUGACCUUUCCCUACUCCAUGGGCUGGCAUGGAGCUCCGACUGGCCCACACUUAGAAGAAGACAACUCCCACUGGCAGCUGCACGCUCACUACUACCCUCCUCUGCUGCGCUCCGCCACCGUCAAGAAGUUCAUGGUGGGCUAUGAGAUGCUCGCCCAGGAGCAGAGAGACCUCACACCUGAACAGGCAGCAGAGAAGCUCCGGGAUCUGCCAGAUGAGCACCAUAAAGACAGAGAAGAACAAAGGGAAGGUACUCGCCCCUGCACCAUCUGUGAGCCUGUGGCCUCGCUCUCUUCAUCUCUCCUUCCAUCAAGGCACCGGCGGGACUCUGCAUGGCAGGGACGUCCUCCUCCCUGAGCCAAGACUAAGCUUGACCGCAUACCUCAACUGGACAUGAGUUGGUUGGCAUCAGCAGGUUCUCAAAUGGGCACCCCCCGUCAUCAACGUUUCGUCGAAUUAAGCCCAUGACGCUUCGGAGGGGCUCGACGGCAGAUACAGCGUCCUGGAUCUACCCGUGCCGAAUGCCAUCCAACUCUAUGUCCCUAGUCC